AUGGGUUUCACCAAUGUUCCAAUCAUAAAAGAAAAUGGUGAAUUACGUUUGUGCGUAGAUAGAUAUGAGAUGUACGAACGCCGCUAUAUUGCGAGAAAACCAGCCCCUGCCUACUAUGGACCAUUUUUGCCUAAAAUGAAGAAAGCUAAAUAUUUUAACAAAUUAGACAUAAAAAAUGCCUUCCAUCAAGUGGAAAUUCACUCUGAAUCCAGACACAUAAAGACUUUUAUAACCCCCAAAAGAUUAUAUAGAUAUAAAAGAAUAAUGCUUGGAAUUACCUGCGCUUCUGGGAUUGUUCAGAAGAUCAUUGAAAGGAUGCUGAUAAACUGUGAAGGGGUCGUCAAUUUUAUUGAUGAUAUCCUGGUAUUCGGGAACAGUGAAGAAGAACAUGACGCAUGA